AUGGAGGAGAUCUAUGGGAUCGUGGCCUUUCUGCAUAAGGCUCCAUCUUUCCCUGGAGGUGAUAAAUGGGAAGCCAAGACUGCAGAAAACCCACGUGAGGAGCCACCAGAAAUUGAUGGAUAUGACAACUCGUUAAAAUGCUUGGAGUGUGGAAAGAGCUUCACUAGAAGCACACACCUCACUGAUCAUCAAAGAAUUCACACAGGUGUAGAGUGUGGAAAGAGCUGUAGUGUGAGUACAAGCCUCACUUCUCGUCAAAGAAUUCACCCAAGGGGGAAACCAUAUAGCUGUGCAGAGUGUGGAAAGAGCUUCAAUAAAAGCAGCAAUCUCAGUUCUCAUCAAAGAAUUCACACAGGGGAAAAACCAUAUGAAUGUGCAGACUGUGGAAAGCGCUUCAGUCAUAACAUACAACUCACUUCACAUCAAAGUGUUCACACAGGAGAGAAACAAUACAAAUGUGCAGUCUGUGGAAAGGGCUUCAAUACAAGCACACACUUCACUUAUCAUCAAAGAAUUCAUACUGGGGAGAAACCAUAUAGCUGUGCAGAGUGUGGAAAGUGCUUCAGCCAGAGCUCAAGCCUCACUCGUCAUCAAAGAAUUCACACAGGGGAGAAACCAUAUAGCUGUGCAGACUGUGGGAAGCGCUUCAGUCGGAUCUCAAGCCUCACUCGUCAUCAAAGAAUUCACACAGGGGAGAAACCACAUGAAUGUGCAGAGUGUGGAAAGAGCUUUAGUGUGAAAACAAGCUUCACUUCACAUCAAAGAAUUCACGCAGGGGAAAAACCAUAUAGCUGUGCAGAGUGUGGAAUGAGCUUCAGCCAGAGCUCCAGCCUCACUUGUCAUCAAAGAAUCCACACAGGGGAAAAACCAUAUGAAUGUGCGGACUGUGGAAAGCGCUUCCGGAAGAACAUAUACCUCACUUGUCAUCAAAGAGUUCACACGGGGGGUAAACCAUAUGAAUGUGCAGACUGUGGAAAGCGCUUCAGUCAGAGCUCAAGCCUCACUCGUCAUGAAAGAAGUCACACAGGGGAGAAACCAUAUAGCUGUACAGAGUGUGGAAAGAGCUUCAGUCGGAGCUCAAGCUUUACUUAUCAUCAAAGAAUCCACACAGGGGAAAAACCAUAUGAAUGUGCAGACUGUGGAAAGCGUUUUAAUAGAAACAGCCACCUAACUUCUCAUCAAAAAAUUCAUACAGGCCAUGCGGAAAAAGCUUUAGUGUGAGCACAAACCUGAGUAGACAUCGAAGAACUCACAGAAACCAUUUA